GAGUUGCCCGUGUGCGAAAAAUCUGUGGAAAAUUAUGCAAUUUGCAUCACGAUUUCCGCACCGUACGCGGUCGUAAAGUGCGACAACGGGCGUAGGAAGAUGUCGUGCGUGUGACUGUUGUAAAGUUUGUGCUCGAAACGGGUUCAGGUCGCUGCUGUAGGCUACAGGGUACAAGGGAGCCCAUACACUGCCAGGACAGGUAUGGACAGGUGGUGUUGCUGAAGUGAAACAGGACUGAAACAGUGUAUGCAAUCACCACCAUCCCAGUAUCUCUGGUGCAAAGAAAACGGUGGCAAAAACCACGGAGCCCAAUUUCAGCAACAACAACGUAAAAUGCAUCAAGAAUAGAAUAACCAAGAAGUUCCUUAACUGACGGCCGCCACCCUCCCACCGCUGCUCUGUGUAGUGGCGUAUCGGUAAUACGGCAAAAGGAUAUCAGCGGCACAACUCCAAACGCCAAGUGUGGCCGUUUUUCUGUGGUUGCUGCUUUUAGCGUGUUCUUGGGUACGUAAAAUAGUGCAAAAAUGCCCAGCGCUUCCUUCUCAUCGUCCCGAUCGUACGUUCGCCGAUCCCGGCGAAAGGGCAACCGAAUUCCGCUGCCAUCGCGAACUUCCGCAAUCUGCGAACAGAACAUUCCAGCACCGAACGUUGGUGCAGCUUUGUCGUCGAAUGGUGGUGGAAGUGGUGGAGCCGGUGGCGGUCCGGCCGUGACUGCUGCAGCACCCCCGACCGGCACCGGUCCGACGACGGCCGUUAGUACCACGAUCAGCUCCACAAAUAGCAGUACCUCCGCCAGCUCGUCCACAUCGAAUGCUCCUUCCAUUUCCACAUCACCGUCAGCGUCAUCGUCGACGAACGCAUCGCCAAGCUCCUCAACGGCACUGACGGUUUCCAUCACCGGUCUUUCCGUUGCAUCUUCCAACGUGAUGAUGGCCCCACCGGGUGUGUGCACAACGGCUGCCGGAUUGUCUAACUUCGGCGGUAGCUUCAGCGGCGCCUCAACCACCACAAAUGUGGACCUCGUUGGACCUACGGUGAUGGUCUGCGGUGGUGGUGGUGGUGGUUCCGUUUCUGGUACAACGAGCUCAUCAUCAACGACCACAUCCUCACAGUGUCUGUCAGCAAUAACGGCUUCACUGUACGCGAUCGUCGGUUCGAGCAGUGGCAACAGCACAUCGACUGGCGCCUCCUCUUCGUUCGGGUGUUCCGGUGCUUCCUCGUCUUCCAUAUCAGGAACGGUAGGAGCUGGAGUAGGUUCAACGCCGUGCGGACUGUCCGUUCCGCUUUCCUCUGUAACGCUGUCCGAGGUGAAACAGAGUUCCAACUCGCCAUACGAUCUGCGCAAAAAGUCCCCCAUGACUGCACACGAUUCAACCAGUGCCAGCGGUGGAGGUAGUGGAGGAACCGGCAGUGGAGGAAGUGGAUGGUUGGUGGGAAAUGGACCCGCAACGUCAACGUCGUCCCCGGCAUCUUCCUCUAGCGCAAUGGGAGCAAACUCCUCGGCGGGAAGUUCCUCGACAACUGCCGGUUCUUCGGUGUCCUCCACGGGUGCACCAUUCGGCCUAGGAUGUGGCCCAUCGUCCUCAUCUAGCAAUAGUAUUAAUAACCCGAACUGUUCGCCAGGUGGCGGCAGCGGCAACGUCAGCGGUAAUCUUCUUCUACACCAUCACCAUCAUCAUUCACACCAGUAUCAAUCGACAGGUGGAUACGAUCCAAAUGCGGCUGCCUACAUGCUGCCGGCACGGAAACGCCCUCGGCGUACUUACUCUAACAGCAACGAUGUUGGCACGUCUAUGGCAGCCACAAUGCCUCAACAACCGACUGCUGCCGCCGCUGCACUGCUCGCUGCAACGGGCGGUGGUUCGUCCGCUUCCUCGUCCGUCGCUUGCCGGCCAGCAGCUACGGCGGCGGUUGUGGCGCUUACCUCUCCAGCAACACCCUCGCCACCGAUGGCAACGGCGUCGGUGGCUAUGGCGGGCACGAUGUGCAUGCAGUCAGCGGCACACUAUCUGCAGUAUGAAAUGCCGGACGAGGUGCUGCUUACAAUCUUCUCCUACCUGUACGAGCAGGACCUCUGCAGGGUGGCACUCGUCUGCAAGCGCUUCCAAACCAUCGCCAACGAUAAGGAGCUGUGGAAGCGGCUCUACCAGAACGUGUACGAGUACGAUCUGCCGCUGUUCAAUCCGGAACCGUGGAAGUUUGUGUUCGUGAAACCGGACGAGGCGGACUAUGCGAACCCGUGGAAGGAAAGUUUCCGGCAACUGUACCGGGGCAUACACGUACGACCCGGCUAUCAGGACCGGCGGUAUCAAGGGCGCACAAUUGCUUACUUCAACACCGUCCAGGGAGCGCUGGACUAUGCGGAUGAGAAGAAUUCGGCCAACAGCAAUGGCACAACGGGUAGCACCGGUAGCAACGGUGGUAGUGGCGGAGGAAGUGGAGCAAGUGGGAACGGUAACAAUGGUAUGGGUGGUAAUAACAGCAAUAGCAAUAACAACAACGGUGACGAUAUGGCAGGAGUGGGUGGUGUUGUGGGUGUCGGAGCUGGUAGUGGCGGCGUAGUCGGUGAAGCGAUGGCAACGGGCAGCUUAAUAUUCCUGCACAGCGGAACGUACCGGGGUGAGUUUCUGGUAAUCGAUUCCGAUGUGGCACUUAUCGGGGCAGCGGCAGGCAAUGUGGCCGAAUCGAUCAUACUCGAGCGAGAAUCAGAAUCGACGGUCAUGUUUGUCGAGGGUGCGAAGCAUGCAUACGUAGGACAUAUGACGUUGAAGUUUUCGCCGGACGUUACUUCGACGGUUCCGCAUCACAAACACUACUGUCUGGAGGUGAGCGAAAACUGUAGUCCCACGAUCGAUCAUUGCAUUAUCAGGAGCACGUCGGUCGUUGGUGCCGCCGUUUGUGUGAGUGGUGUCGGUGCCAACCCGCUGAUCAAGUACUGUGACAUCAGCGACUGUGAGAACGUUGGUCUGUACGUGACAGAUUACGCACAGGGCACCUAUGAGCAUAAUGAGAUUAGUCGGAAUGCGCUGGCCGGUAUCUGGGUGAAGAAUUACGCUAGUCCAAUCAUGCGCGAAAAUCACAUCCACCACGGGCGUGACGUGGGUAUCUUUACAUUCGACAAUGGCAUGGGUUACUUUGAGAAAAAUGACAUCCACAACAACCGAAUAGCGGGGUUUGAGGUGAAGGCGGGUGCCAAUCCAACGGUUGUCAAGUGUGAGAUACAUCAUGGCCAAACGGGUGGUAUCUACGUGCACGAGAAUGGGCUUGGCCAGUUCAUAGAGAACAAAAUCCAUUCCAACAACUUUGCAGGUGUGUGGAUUACGUCGAACAGUAAUCCCACGAUCAGAAAGAAUGAGAUCUAUAAUGGACAUCAGGGUGGCGUGUACAUCUUCGGCGAAGGCCGCGGUCUAAUCGAGCACAACAACAUCUACGGCAAUGCACUGGCCGGUAUACAGAUACGCACGACAAGCGAUCCAAUUGUGCGGCACAAUAAAAUACACCAUGGUCAGCACGGCGGUAUCUAUGUGCACGAGAAGGGACAGGGGUUGAUCGAAGAGAACGAAGUGUACGCUAACACGCUGGCCGGUGUAUGGAUCACGACAGGCAGUACGCCUGUCUUGCGACGAAAUCGCAUCCAUUCGGGCAAACAGGUUGGGGUGUACUUCUACGACAAUGGACACGGCAAGCUGGAGGACAACGACAUUUUCAAUCAUCUGUACUCGGGUGUGCAGAUCCGCACCGGUAGCAAUCCGGUGAUACGGGGCAACAAGAUAUGGGGUGGCCAAAAUGGAGGUGUGCUCGUGUACAACGGUGGGCUCGGUUUGCUGGAGCAGAACGAAAUCUUUGACAAUGCUAUGGCGGGCGUGUGGAUCAAGACGGACUCGAAUCCGACGUUACGACGCAACAAAAUCUACGACGGUCGUGAUGGUGGCAUCUGCAUCUUUAACGGUGGCAAGGGCAUCCUGGAGGAGAAUGACAUCUUCCGCAAUACGCAGGCGGGCGUGUUAAUAUCGACCCAGAGCCAUCCGGUGUUGAAGCGUAAUAGAAUUUUCGACGGUUUGGCGGCCGGUGUGGAGAUCACGAACAAUGCGACGGCUACGUUGGAGUACAAUCAGAUCUUCAACAACAAGUUUGGCGGUCUGUGUUUGGCCAGCGGCGUUCAACCAAUCGUUGGCGGGAACAAGAUAUUCAACAAUCAGGACGAGGUAGAGAAAGCGGUAUCGGGCGGGCAGUGUUUGUACAAAAUCUCGUCCUACACUUCGUUUCCGAUGCAUGAUUUCUAUCGCUGCCAUACGUGCAAUACCACCGAUCGCAAUGCAAUCUGUGUGAAUUGCAUAAAAACGUGCCACUCCGGUCAUGACGUUGAGUUUAUACGCCAUGAUAGAUUUUUUUGCGAUUGCGGUGCCGGUACGCUGACAAACCAAUGCCAGUUACAAGGUGAACCGACGCAAGACACGGACACUCUGUACGAUUCAGCAGCACCAAUGGAAUCCCAUACGCUAAUGGUAAACUAGAAGCAUCACAGUACGGAAGGCCCACAACGUCAAGUCAACGACACGAAGCUGUCACAGUGCUCAUCACAGGGCGUACAGACGAAACAAAUCACAAUCUAGACGUAAGGCUUUUUUAGGAUAUAACGGCAGAUCGUAAUUGAACCCCCUCCCCACUUCCCAUCUCCGCGCAGCAUUUCGUGGCAGUGUCAUGAGAAUGGAAACGGAACGGAUCAUGGUCACUUAAAAGAACGGCAAUCACAGCAACUGAUGAAAGGUAUAGCACACCUGUAAUUGAUGGGUACCCUGGCGGUGACCACAUACGGUGGCGCAAGUCGUAUCCGUUAGCUAAGCAGCACAGUAGUAAGCGAUAGUAUUUUAAAGUUAAGGGUUAGAGCGUACGGGAUUUUGGGACGUUUGUCGGGUGUGCAUUGUAUUGCUCCAGUAAUUCGUGUCUGUGCUUGUGGCCAUUUCAGUCUGUUUGUGUGUGUAUGUGUGUGGUUGUGUGAGUGAAUGUGUGUGUGUGUGUGUGUGAAAUUGUCCCUUGUGUUGGAAGUAGUGAACAAACUACUAUGCUAGAAGCAGAAGGAAGAAGUUUGUCUCAGGACACAGAGAGUCGUGCAACAGAAGGUGAUCACCACGUAAAGCUCUACAGGCGUGAUCGCAGAGCUAUAUAGUAUUAUUAUUGUGUUUUUUGUUUGUUUUGGCGAAUAGAUUGAUGUUAGCGGAUUUUCGUUCAAAGGAUUUGACCGGUGGACCUUUUAACGUUUUUUGUUUCCAACGUCGGAAAUCAAUCAUGCACAUAUACUCGCCCAACUUCGCGAGCGAACUGAUAUUACUGAUUUAUCAAUGGAGUCGUCUUUCGCAUAUUAAGAGCUUGAUUGGUUGAGGUAAUACUGCUCACCAUUAUAUCAUUACUAACAUUAGCUAAGAAUUGCACCUCGAACGGCAGCUCUCGGAAUUGGUCCGUGUUAUUGUUCCUUUUUUGCUUCGUGGAACUCGUUUAGCGAUCCUUGACUCCUCUGCCAUAGGCCGGUUUCGGUACGGAUAAAUGUAACUUAGUUUUGGUGUUGUAAAUUGUCCAGAACACACUCCGGUUUUGUCGCCUUAACGUCUGGAGUGUGACGAAUUCGCUUUUUCUCCCCCUUGUUGCCUAUAAAUUUAUGUGACACUGGAUUGUUUUUCUUGUGGUUUGGCGAAUUCUCCGCAGUGCUACAAUCUGCGACUAUAAUAUAGCCGGCAUUGAAACAGUGCAUAAGAACUGUUAAUCCGUAAAGACUGUUUAACAUGUUAGUUUAUUUCAUUUUUACUUAAACGAUGGCAACCAUUUCACAACAUACGAUGCGACAGAAAUAAGACAGGAUCUACGCAUCGAUAAAUUUUAACAUUGAAAUGCCAUGCCUGGUAGAAAGCUCCGGGAAUUUUACCUUAUCCUCGCCAAGCUCUGAUGGUCUGAUCAUGUCAUGGAAAUGGUAUUGGACAAUCCAAACGGUUAAGUCCGCCAGAAGGGUUGGUAUGGUUACAGUUGGCAACCGUGUAGUAUCUGAUAGGGGAAAAAGUAAUAUACAUGCCUCAUUCUAUCCCUUUCGUCUAUAUUCCUGGCAACAAUAGUUUUCGCACCAGACAAACAGUGUGGAUCACAAGUAUGAAGUGCACAAAGAUACGGUUAACUUAAAACUUACUUUAUACAAGUACAAAAAUCGAAAGCCCAACUCCGCCUCCGCCCCCUUUUCUAAAGUGGUGCAGGAUCACAGGAUCACAAGAGGCGAAUGAAGCAGCCCAGCUCAAAGUCUCUAUAAAAGUAAAAACACAUCACAACAACAUCACAGGAUUAUAUUCUACUUGGCUGGAUUCGUUUUUAUAGCGCGAUUUUGAUUCAUAGAGUUAAACCCCCAAAAGCCAAGAAAUCGAGUAAUGUGAAGAAAGCCAAUAAUCCCGCGUCCCAGUGCAUUUAUCUGUGUUAGUACAGGAUCUUAUCGUAUGAUUCGUGAUCGUAUUUCUAUUAUUGUAUUUCUUUAUAAUAUGUUAAAGCUAAUGAUCUAAAUUAACAAAAUCCGUGUCACUCCUCCCCCGCAUUGCCGCAUAUCUCGUUUCAUUUUGCCCUUCCCGUUCUCUUCCCUCACCACCAUGCCUAUCUGCUCCUGUAUGAUAUUAUACGUUCGUCCUUUUGUUUUUUUUCUGUGGCCACCUAAGCGCACCUGUGUGUGGUGUGUGAAUUGUACAAAAAAAAAAGCACGGCAAACGGCAAAAAGCAGAUAAAAUUAAGGCAAAUGAGAAUAAAAAACAAACAAACUCAGCAUGAUACAUUUAGCCCGUAAGGAGGUCGUAAAUUGAAAAGGCAAACACGUCAAAACCGUAUGAAUGUUGGUGACCAUUUUUAAAUUCUGUGUUACAAAUGACUUUAGUUUUAAUGUUCACCUUACAAUUAGUCAAAACCUACCCCCGGUCGCAGAUGAAAAUGUUCGCGUGCUGCUGACAAAUCGUCUACAUAAUCAUAUAUUCGUAACUGAACCGAUGCAAAUGCGUGUGCUUAUGCGUGCGUGUGCGUGCGUGUGCAUUCGUGUGUUCGAGCGCGUAUGGAAAUUUUGCAGUGCACUUUUAAACAAAUUCCAUGUGUUUAGCGUCUUAGUUGUUAAGGACAUCUGCCGGACUGCAAAAACAAACAAAAACGAACAACCACGCUGUAAGAGGAACGAGAGAAGCGGGGGCGAGUUCCGAAGGAAUGGAAGGGGAACCGUGGAAGCAGGUGUGUGGAGGAUGAAAUGUGGAAGUGGAUAAAAACGUGUGUGCGUGUGUGUUAUGUCGUAGAUUUGUAUAAAUUAUUAUCAUGCCGUAAUAGCGUACAUUUUCCUUGUUUUAGAUCUAAUUUACCACUCGCUCUCACUUUUUUAAACUAGGCAAAAUAUUUAUAGGUUCGGAUUAUUAUUUUACGCAGGAAAAACGCAUAACAUGUAUGUAUUGUAACAGUAACGCCCGCUAUAGAGCCUUUCUUGCGUACGGCAUACUCCUCUGGACCAUUCUGUCAGCGAACCGUGUUGUCUAAGCACCAAUGUCUCUCUAACAAUCUGCUGCUAGGUUCGUGUUAAUUGUGGUGGCUUCUGUGCGGCACUCUCUAAGUCAAGAAGGCCACAGAGCAUGGGCCACCAGUGUAGCAGCAUAGUAUCAAUUCAUGAAAAGCGGACAGAAUGAGUGCCCCCUCCCCUCCCCCACGAUAGUCGUAUUAUUAGCUCCUAGCCGUAGGUUCGUAAAUGUUUUCGGAAACACUAAACAAACUGAUAAUUUUCUUAUCAAUUCAUUUUUAUGCAUAUAUAAAAUACGUGUAUCACA